CACAUGAUAUAAACAUUAAAAAUGGCUGACGAGCCUGAUAAACUUGAACCUGUUUUAGAAGUAACCCCUGUUAUUCGCAAGACACUAGAAAAAGCUAUUAAUUCAAAAUCAAUAUCAAGUAAAUUGAAAAAUGAAUGCGAUAUCGUCUUGCAACAGGAUAUAAAAAAGGCUUUGAUAUCUUCUAAGACAAUUAGAGAAGUUUAUAAUACUUUAAGAAAUGAAGGACAUAAAAUAUUUUUGCAUGAAAUUGUGGAAAAUGCUCUUUUGAUUCCUCAGUCAGUUCAACUACCACCUCGGGACCCAGAGCUGGAAGCAAGGAUUCAGAAGUUGAAAGUGAUUGAGCAGAACAAAGACUAUGAAAGAAUGACAAGAAAUUUAUGCCCUAAGUCUGACGUUUUAUCUUUCCGUCAAGAUGUCAAAACAAUGAACAGACAGUUAAUAACUGUAUUUAAUUUCUUCCUGACUGUUGUUGCUGGUUUUGCUUUUGGCUAUAAAUGUACAGAGCUAUUCUACACAAAUGUUUUGGCUUGGAAAAUGUUGGCAGGCCUCAGCUCUGGGCUGGUGAUAUUUUUUGUGGACCUUUACUUCUUGAUGAGAUAUGGAAUGAAAGAUUGACAGACGUCCAACUCUAGGCGAUGUUUGUACAGUGCUGACCAAAGAAUGCAGAGAGUGUAACAAUAUCAAGAAAAUUGCGAUGUAUGUUUGUUUUUUUUAUUCAACUGAUUGACAAGAAAGUGUUCGACUUUGUAUUUCAACUGUGACCUGCAUUUACUGAUCUCAUAACUGAGCAUGGGUUGGAAACGAUUACUUACAUAUGUCUAAGUGAAGUGCUUAGCCCUUGACCAGUCCAGUUAAUGAAAUAUGAUAAGAGUUUAUUAGAAACAUUUUUAUCACCCCUUGAACCAUAUUUGUAAGGGUGGAUCUUGAAUUUAUACAAAAGUUUUUAACUCUUUCUCUCCGUAAUUAUUUACCACAUUCUGGUGGAAUCAACGCUGGUAUCGUCAGUUAGGAGAGAAAGAGUUAAGUUAAAGUAAAUUAAUAAGAAUGAAUUAAACUUUUACUAAAAUGAGUGAUUUUUUUUUAGAUUUGUACUAAAUUAUCUCAUUCUUUCUAUAACAUGUUUGAGUAAAGCUGUGGCAUGAGUGUAUAUUUUUUUUUUUGCUGUCAUUAUAAUGUUUUGUUAUGUGUACAUCACAUUUGUUAGACAGGUUUCCUCAAGGAUAAUAAAGAUAUAUCAUUAUGCAGAUGUUUAAUAUGGAAUGGUACGCUUAUUUUCUUUCUUAAUUUGGUUCUCUGCAUAACUGCCAUGACAGACAUCACAUAGUGAAAAGUUUGACCUAAUUCAAGAUUUGGAGUCAAGAAAAAAAAAGUUACAUCUUGUCUAGGCUGAAUUUUCAUUCUGUGGGCCAUCUCCACAUUAAGAUUGUAGAUUGUUAUUACAGCAUUUAAAAAAUAUUUGGGGAAGGGGGGGGGGCAGCUUUUAAAAAGGUUUUAUUAUUAGCCUCUUUUUACCAUGGUCUUGAAAAAAGAGAUUAUUACAGCAAUUGGACUCCAUGAUGGCCUUCUAACUACACAUACUGUAAAACAAAAAAAAUGCAAACUAAAAUUCUAUGGCCAUACAACAAGGUCUUCAUGGGCUCACUCCUGAUGGUGCAGAACAUCUGCAACUAGCAAAUCAAACUCUAAUUCAUGUCUAUUAACAUUCCUUUGAUGUGUAGAUUGUGUUAACAUCAAAUAACAUUCAACAGUGUUAUGAAUUAACUGGGGGUUUUUUUUUAAUAAUAGUCUUGCAUUAAAACUUAAAUUUAUCCUGUUGAGAUAUAACCAUGAUGCAAUACAUCUUUGAUCAGCUAAAGUAUAGUGGUUAUUUUUAUAUAGGGUUGAAUAUUGUACAACAGGUACGGGUUAGUCGUCUAAUAUUCAUAAACAUUCUGAUUCUAAGGUAAGACAUUUAUAGUAAUAUUAUUUUUUGUUCAUCAAAAUGUAUUUAUGUAAUAAAUAAAUUGAACUCACCUCUA